AUACAGAAGAUUAUGUUAGAGUUAUCUGUAAUGAUGUGGAAGUGUCACAGGAUGUCUGAGAAGAGACGUACAUUGUUCAUGUACCAACUGUUCACUCGUCUUCUACUCCAACAAUUUCACACUCAGCUCGGAGGGGCGUGGGUGUACGUUCUCAGAGAUGUUAUACUCCGCCUUGUUUAUCUCAUCAAAGAUAUCACCGCAGUCCCUCUAAAUGCUGGGACAGAGAGUUGUUAUAGAGAGAGUAUUGCUUGUAUGGCACUAGAGCUUCUCAGAGAGGUUUGCACUGUAGGAGUUGAUAUUUGUCCUAAGGAGCUGAUGAAAUAUUUACCAUUACUUACAAGUAACCUGGUAUCUACUGUUGGACACAGUGGGGAUGUGGGACAGCUGUCACUAAGCCUGCUGAAAUUUUUUUGACACUAGAGAAGGUGAAAGAAUUACGUACAGCUAUUAGCAAUGUUAGAUAAUUUCCCGGACAAACCUGAAUUCAAGGAAUGCAGAGCUGUACAUCAUAAAUUGAAAUAUGCUUCUGGAGCUUUCAGUUUGAAAAAGGAAGUAGACCAUUUCUUGAUGGCUGGUAGGAAUCCUGUAAUAGAUCAAGAUUUUAGACUUGAAGGUUUAAAAUUUCUACAUGAGCAACUAAAGUGUGAACAAAAAGAGCUGCAGCAACUUGCAUCAGAUGAUACACUAUGCAGACUAUCAUGUUCAUUGGUUGAGCUGACCAAAUGUGAGAAUAGAGAUGUUGUGAUAAUGGCCAGUAAAUGUCUUGGUGUCCUUGGACCAAUCAACAUGAAGACAAUAUCUCUCCCUGCACCACCUAUCAGUAUAGGUCUACAACUUGCUCUCCAGUGUUUUGAGGAGUUGCCUGAUGUUCACAAAUACUGCAGAAUAUUUCACUGUCUGAAUACAUACCUCACAGAUAAAAGUAUUGAACUGGUACAGUCUGCUAGUACUGUACUGAAGGCUUUACUGGCAGUCAAGAAAGGUAUAGAGUUUACCAAUGGGUACAAAUCCCAGCUAGGUGAAAAUGAGUACCUGUUUCAUUAUCUACAUCCUUUCAGAGCUGGCAAGAAGAAGAUUCCAACCAGUAAGGUAACAAAGCCUGACUGGGAUAUGUUCCAGACCACAGUAGAUCAACAGUUGCUAUGGAAUCCUGCAAAUAGUAACCAUGGUAACUGGUUGGUUACCUUAACAACUACAUUGAUAAACAGUGGAGCUGUCAGAGAUGAACUUUUACAGCUGUUAGAACCAGUGUGUUCUAUAAAGGUUGAGUUUUGUGAGCUAGUGCUGCCGUAUAUUAUACAUGAUAUUCUAGUCAAUGGUUCAGAUGACCAUCAUGAGGUCAUCUCCAGACAAGUGGUCAGCUUUUUCUCAAGUCACUGUGGUCAGUCAAGGUCUGGACAAGUUAGCAGAUGCCAGUCUGUGACUCAUGCUUAUAUAUACCCAGAGGGUGAACAGAGUAUAUGUAUGAACACAGAGUCUGUGAGAACUAUGUUAGAUGUGAUACAGUAUCUACGUCAACAACAAAGACCACAGAAAGGGAGACAAGAAAUGACAGUGUGGGACAACAAUUUCUGGCUGGAUGUUGAUUAUCUACAAGUUGCCAUGGCAGCACAAUAUUGUUCUGCUCACUUUACAGCAUUAAUGUUUGCAGAGAUUUGGUGUGAUCUUCAAAGAGAAAGAUCAGAAUCAGACAGGGGCAGUCAGAGGUCAUCACAGGGGUCAAGCCAGGAUACAAGAAUAGAUACCCUAAGUGAGGCCUCAAGUUCAAGGUCAGGUGUAUCUGUUCAAGAUCUGCUAUUGGAGGCUUACAGCUGGAUUGGGGACCCUGAUGGGGUUUAUGGUUGUGGUGCAGGCAGGAAGGCUGAUAGUUCCUCACGAAUCUGCACUUAUCAACAAGAAAACCAAUGGGAUAAGGCAGUUGUGUCAUGUGAUAUUCAAAUGAGCCAAUCAGGAACCACCAAUCAGUAUGAUCUACUUAAUGUUUUGCAAUGCUUCGGAGCUAAUCACAUCUUCAACACUUACCUGCAAGGGAUUAUGGGACAGGAUGAUGUGCCAAAUUUAACUUCAGAAACUAGAGAGCUACAGUUUGAAGCUGCUUGGAGAAUGGGAAUGUGGAACCUUGAUUCACCAAACAAGAUUGAGACGGGGACAGGAUUUCAUGAAAGUGUUUUCAAGGCCAUGAAGUCAAUCAGAGAGGACCAUAGCACUUUUACAGACAAAUCUCUAAACCAUUCAAGAUUAUGUGCAGUGUCAAGGUUGAAGGAUGGCUGUUUGACUAGUGCUAGGAAAUUAUAUCCUGUUUUAGCAGACCUAAUGUGUGUUAACAUUGUCAACCAAACAAGUGAUCUACUUAAAAGUUUUAGAGAGGUAGGGAGAAUGGAUCUUAGUGAUGUGAACCAGAUAUUGGACACUGACAGUGAUAUCAAGUUUACCUUGCCUACAUUGUAUAUGAAAUGUUCAGCAAUGAAGUUACUGUGGGAAAAGACGGAUAAUAAACAUGUGUUCCGUAUCUAUGUAGAAAGUCUACACCAGCUAGCAACUAGUGCAAGGGAAGCUAAUAGGCAUCAGGUAUCUGAGAGGGCCAUAGCAACAGUCAAGGAGCUGGACAUAUCAGAUCUUUCUCUAAGCAUACCCUCUCAGAUUGAAGAGGCAAAGUUGUUCUGGGCAAGAGGAGAGGAGAAUAUAGCUAAACCUUUACUUAGAGGCAUGAUUGAUAAACUUAGGAAGUUAAGAUCUACGGACAAAUCAGCAGCCAUGUUUUACCCACAAACCCUCAGUAUCUAUGGUAACUGGUUAGCAGAGACAAGAUCAGAAAACCCCAACAUUAUUAUGGAAAACUACAUGGAAAAGGCUAUAAACAUGUACGAGCAACUAGAUGAAACCGGGGACCGGUCAGUGGACGCGUACCUUGCGCUGGCGAAAUACGCUGACACCCAGUACCAGAAUAUUGUUAAUUACAUGAACUCAAGUACAUACGAGGCAAAACAAUCUCUGAUGAGGAAAUCUCAACAAGAAGCUGAUCGACUUAGAGAAGUUAUGGGAGAAUCUGCUAAAGAUCGAUAUCUACGAACAUUAGAAAAGCAAACAGAGAUAGAUCAACAUGAGCUGUUGUGUAUGCAGGAAGAUAGGAACAUUUAUCUACUGAAGGCUGUACUUAAUUAUAUCAAAUGUUUGAGGUGUGGAGACGAGCAUAAUUUACGAGUGUUCCGACUGACAUCUCUCUGGUUUAAUAACGUGCAUAAUAAGGAUGUAAAUAGUAUGAUGGAGGGAGCAGUGAAAGAAAUCAAGACAUACAAAUGGUUACCACUGAUGUACCAGCUAGCAGCAAGAAUGGAUGUCAAACCACACAGAGAUACUUCACAACCUUUCCUACAAAUUCUUGACAAGAUGAUUUAUGAGACAGCAGUGUCGCAUCCACACCAUACCUUGUUUUGUGUUCUGGCAUUGGCUAAUGCCAAUCGUGAUACAGAGUUGUUACAGCAGGCGAAGACAAUGAGAAGGAGCAGUAAGAUGUCCAAAUCUCAGGCUGAUAACCCAGCCGAAGAGGGUAGAGUGCUUGCUGCUAAAAAUAUGGUAGGAAAAUUAAGGGAGAAUAAAAAAGUUGGAGACAUUGUGAAAGAUCUACAGACACUUUGUGAUGCUUACAUACAGUUAGCUAACUGGAAUGUUCAGGAAUAUAAAACACAAACAAAGCCAAUCCAGUUGCCAGCACAGUUAUGGCUCACUAAAGUGAAGGGCUUGCGGAAUGUGCCAGUACCUACAAAGGAAAUAAAGGUGAAUGCCAGUUGUGACUACAGAGAUAUUCCUCAUAUAGAGAAGUUUGAGCCGACGUUCAAACUAGCCGGUGGUAUUAACUUGCCGAAGAUUAUUUCUUGUGUUGGAUCUGAUGGUACCAAGAGCAGACAACUUGUCAAGGGACGAGAUGAUCUUCGACAAGAUGCUGUGAUGCAGCAAGUGUUUGAUAUGGUCAAUAAUUUACUACAGAAAGAUUCUGAGACACGAAAACGACAGUUACAAAUCAGGAAAUAUAAGGUUAUACCCCUGUCUCAGCGAAGUGGUCUUCUAGAAUGGUGUGAGGGUACAUUACCAGUGGGCGAGUACCUGGUUGGUAGUAAAGGGGCUCAUGCACGCUACAGACCCAAAGAUCUCUACUAUAUUGACUGUAGAACUAAACUGACCGCUGCAACAACAACAGAGGGUAAAUACAAGGUUUAUCAGGAGAUCUGUGAAAAAUUCCAGCCAGUGUUUCGACAUUUCUUCUUUGAGAAGUUUACAUCCCCACCAGUAUGGUUUGAGAGAAGACUGGCAUAUACAAGGAGUGUAGCUACCAACUCUAUAGUGGGAUAUAUUCUUGGACUUGGGGACCGCCACAUACAGAAUAUUUUGAUUGACUGUAAAACAGCAGAACUGGUACAUAUAGAUUUAGGUAUAGCUUUUGAGCAGGGUAAAAUCCUACCCACCCCAGAAACUGUUCCAUUCAGACUCACCAGAGACAUUGAGGACGCCAUGGGUGCAUCAGGGGUGGAGGGAGUGUUUAGAAGAUGUUGUGAGAAGACAAUGGAAGUAAUGAGAAGUAAUCAAGAAGCAUUGUUAACAAUAUUAGAAGUUCUCCUGUAUGACCCGUUACAUGUUUGGACAAUCUCGCCGGCGAAGGCGUAUGCUCUUCAGCGACAGAGAGGGAGGGAGGAAAGCGGUGAUACUGUUGACGUUGCUAACACGACGGCUGAUAUCAUAGAUCUUGCUGAAUCAAGUACAUCAAGAAAUAGUGAGACACAGGAGAACCUGAACAAAGUAGCGGAGCGUGUACUGUUGAGGUUACGUCAGAAACUCCAGGGGGUAGAGGACGGUGUUCAACUUAGUUUGUCAGGCCAGGUGAAUUACCUUAUACAGGAAGCUAGAAAUCCGAAAAACCUUGCUAGAAUCUUCCCUGGCUGGCAGCCUUAUGUAUGAACUUUGCUGAUAGAUUUUGUGAAAUUAAUUUGUUUAUUCUGGUCAACGUUAUUGUUUGGAAUGCAAUGAACUUGUGAUAAUGCAUUAGCAGAGUUGAAAUCUUAAUUAUCAUGUUUAGAAUAUUUAUAGUACAGCAGAAUCAGAUUUUGAGAGAACUUGUUUUACAUUGUCAUUUGCUGCUGAAUAUUAUUUUUAGUUAAUUACAUGAAUAUAUGAACUAAAUGAAUGUCAAUUGUUUUAGUUCUAACGUUACCUGUUUAUGUUUUGCUUCAUAUAUAACCAUCAUACUGUGUUCAGUUUAUAAAUAUUUGUAUGUUACAUUUUGUUGUAAUAAAUGAUCAAA